AUUUCGAUCAAAUCACACAUCGCAAUAUACUAGACCCUCUAAUUCUUUAAGCGGUUUAUCUAAAAGAUUCGCGAUAUAACUAGGAAGACACUUCAAAUACCACACAUGGGUUACUGGGCAUGCCAGUUUUAUGUAUCCCAUUUGAUAUCUUCGUAUUCGAGAAUCCACAAAUUCAACUCCGCAUUGUUUGCAAAAUUUAGGGUCCUCCUUGUCAUUUCCAAUUACUCGAUAAUUUCCACAAGCGCAAAUUCCACCCCAUGGGGGAUUGCACUCUUCCUCUCAUUAUUAAAUCUUCUUUAAUCGGCAAAUUCCCCGCAUUUCUCUUCUCCACCCAUCUUUCCCUCCAUCAUUAACCUUGGCCGGACCUCUUCAUGACACCGAAUCCUCUGUUGUUGGAUCCACAGAGAUGGACAGCAAUGACGAAGAUGAGUUCUUUUUGGGCGGGUUUCAAUCGUCGACUCUCUCGCUCCUCGAGUCGAAAACUCGCUGUGCCGAGUUUCAACCUAGACAAGACUGAGGUAACUUUUGGAAUCAUUCAUUCUUUAAGUUAGCAGCCGGACUUCAAUGAGAUUUAGACUUAGGAAUUAAGUUAAACCCUUUUC